ACAACUCUGAAAAGGAGGAGGUAUAAAGAGCCUUGACUGACAUCAUACCCGACCCCUAAGCUGCUCUGAGGCCUGGGGAAUCCAGGUGUCUUCUUUCUCUGAAGUCCAGCCCCUUCUCCUCCCAGAGAUCACCCCCAUGGAGCCCUACCGGUCCCUGGCACUGCUGGCUGGGUCCCUGGGCUUGAUUUCCUGCCUGAUUGCUGUCAGCACCGAUUUCUGGUUCGUAGCUCUAGGACCCACUCUCUCGGCUCACUCAGGUCUCUGGCCCAGGGGGUCCCAGGAUCCCGUAGCAGCCUACAUUCAUGUGACUCAGAGUUUCUGCAUUCUGGCGGCCCUGUGGGGCCUGGUGUCUGUGGGCUUUCUGGUCCUGUCCUACAUCCCUGCCUUGUCCGCGCCAGGCCGAGGUCCUUUGCUGUCCACCAUCACAGCCUUUGCUGCAGCCCUGUCCCUGAUCGUGGCCAUGGUCGUGUAUACCAGCGAGCGCUGGGACCAGCAUCCACAUCCCCAGAUUCAGACGUUCUUCUCCUGGUCCUUCUACCUGGGCUGGGUCUCGACCAUCUUGUGGCUGUGUACAGGUUCCCUGAGUCUGGCCACUCACUGUCGCGCCCCUCGACCCGGCUAUGAAGCCAUGUGAAAGGAAGGCAAAAAAGAAAAGAAGAAAAAGCAAGUUUGGGGCAUUGUGUUGAGAUGUUAAGAGCUAUGGGAAAGGAAUGUUUGAUUCUCCCUCCAUCUCACCCUCCUGGCCAUGGUCCUUCAACGAUUCCUUUACUUUCAAUAAAAAAUUGUGCUCAA